AUGGAGAACCCAUCGAGCACCCAGCCCGGCGGCCCUGAGAAGCCUGCUGCCGCACGCUUCAGCACGCCGGCCCAGCCCGUCAACGGCCAGUACGCGCAGCAGCAGCAGCCCCAGCCGAUCGAGCUCCCCAGGGCCGAGCCAUUCAAGACCAGCAAGCCGUUCGCCGUGGCCAAGUUUGUGCUGGGCUCCUUCAACCUCGCCUUUGCCAUCAUCGCCCUGGGGCUAACACUCGGCGUCGUCACAACGUCCUUCUCGAUGGACUCGUUCAUCGGCGUCAUCAUAUGCCUCUCUCUCGCCGUCGCGUCCAUCGUCUGGCAGCUCGCCGAGCACAUCACCCUCGCCGUCCGCAGGGGCUGGCGCCCCAUCCACCCGGGCGCGCACGUGGGCGUGCACCUGGUGCUCUGGGUCCUCGCGAUCCUGGUGGCCCCCUCGCUGUACCUGAGCCUCGCGUACGAGCUGCGCGACUACACCAUCGAGUCCGACUGCGAGAGCCAGCGCGACUCCGACGGCUACUACACGGGCUCGGGCUCGAGCUCCUUCUACUGCAACUACUACAGCUUCCCGUCGCAGGCUGCUGCGAAUAAGUACUUCGGCAUGAUGGAGGCUCUCGCCGCCUUCGCGACGCUGCUGCUCAUCUCGCACUUUACGCUGUUCGUCAUGGCGUGCGUCGAGACGGAUCGGAGGCGGAAGUACGGGAAGGCGACCAAGGUCGUCUACCUUGUUGCUGCGCCGGGGCCUGUUGACGGGAGGAUGUACUACACGCCGCUCGCCACGCAGCAGCUGGUGAACAACAGGGGGUCCGUGCUUCCGCCUCAGCCUGUGCACCACCACCUCCAGCAGGAGAACGCUGACCCUGGUGCGCAUGGAUACUACGCGCCGCCCGCCGGAGUGCACCCGGGGACAGCGGUGUAG